CAGAACCAAAACAAACUAAACCCGGCUUUGCUAAAGCGCGAGGCACUUUCCAUCUAGAACACCAAAACCGGUCUACUUGCUAAAUCAAGGAGCUGAUCUGUCCAGAAAACUUCCCCAUGCAAUGUAUUCCUCUCGAACGAGAGCGAAAAACGUAUUGCUAGGGCAGAARGUAUGUGCACCUUGGAAAGACGGCCUAUAUUAUUCCGGUGUCAUCGAAGCUGUGAAAAGUCGUCCAACCGGCGAGAGCACAUUCACCAUUCUUUUCGAAGAUGGCUACAUUGCUGAAGUUGACGAGGAAGAUAUCGUAGGUCCAAGCUUUGCUAAWGMUUCCUCGGUAAAUCUGCAGGCUGGACAACGAGUGUUCGUGAUGUACCACGGCCGAGAAGUUCCCGCAAAAGUCAUGAAAAAUAAGGCCGAGUGGACGAAAGUUGUCGUUCGAGUGAUGGACCACGGAGAGCACUUGUUGACCGUACAAAAGGACGAAAUACGAUUACUAAAAGGACAAAAACAAUCUUCAAAAGAAACRGAGGAUCUUAACAACGAAGCUAAAGAGUGUCCCGUGCCCUGCAAGAUAAAAGCUCAUGGAAUUGACGUCGGCCAAUGUCCUUCAAAAAACCAAGAGAACUUAACUAGAAGUGAAGAAAUGGCAGCUUUGGUUCUAACAGCUCUCUCAAUCUCACCGGUGCUGAAGGACCAAGAGAAUCCGUUUAUGGACGAGCAAAUUUUCUCCCCUUCUCCUGACUCUGGUACGGAAAUGUUUUCAGCKUGUUCUCCACAAUAUAGUCUCUCGGAAUCACCUAUCGGCUCGACUUCACCAUGUUCUCUCGAUGAACUCAAGUACAACUCAACAUAUCAUACUGAUGAAGGAAUUGCAUUGGACUUUGUUAAGAAAGAACGCACUCGGAAAAGAAAGAACAGUACAUCGUCUACUGGAUCCCUCAAAAAGGUUAUCUACCUGUGUACUUGGCCUGGUUGUGGGAAAUCAUUGAGCACUGUGCAAGGAAUAGUUCGUCACGUUCGAACGAUUCAUCUGGGACCCAAGAGACAUUCAGAAGAUGGCUUCAGCGAUGGUGAAGAGGAGUUCUAUUUUACUGAAAAAGAUGACGAUCAGGAUGAUUUUGGUGACUUUUUCCCUCAUCCCUUAGCCCUUUCACCUACUCCAACUCAAUCGCACUUUGAUAUGGUCAAAAGUCCAUGGGCUGAACCUUGCCCAAGUCCUGAUAUUGUCGAAUCGACCGAAAACUCGCCACAGAAUCUCCGCUUUAACUGGGAUUUCCACAUUUCUGAUCAGACAAGCGCCGCUAAAACGGCUGCCUCAACAACCCGCUCGACCCAACCUGCACAUCACAGAAAACUGAGAGGCGAAAGCAAGAAAUGCCGCAAAGUCUAUGGCAUGGAUAACCGGCAUCUUUGGUGUACGCAGUGCCGUUGGAAAAAGGCAUGCGUACGAUUUGUUGAUGGCUAAAUGAGGAUUUCGGCCUUCUCAAAGGACAUAUUGAUGCCAUGCUUUAGCAAUGGGUUGUAAAUAGAUUAUUUUUUCCUAAUAGUCGAAUUUAUAAUAUCGCAUCUAUAUAUUUGAUAUUAUUCAAUGAAUCCUUACGUCAAUAUAUUCCACAUAUUGUAGUGGCGAGAUGAGCGUUAUUUUCCUGUUGCUCCAGUUUAACGGCAUAAAGAGACGGAAAUACAUAUUGCUAAGCACAUAUAAAUAGAUAAAACUCUAAAGAAAUAAGUUAUAUUAAGUUAUCUUUGCUCUUAGGAGCAAAACAUGCCCCGAGUAUUAAACAUUAUCGCAUGGUCUUUGAGGGCUAGUAAGUUACAGCUUAUCAGUAGAACUCUUAGCACAUCGGGAGAUAAAAAGCAAGAACAUGAAAUUUUGUUCUUAAAUUAUCAAUAAAGUAUACUUCAGAAAUCUUUAA